AUGAGAGGAACGGCCUCCAUCAUGCGGGCACUACACAAGCGAGAACCGUACGUCACGCAUCCGAUUUAUAAAGUGUUAAGAGAAUUGUGCAAGCACAAAUUGCUUAGUUAUGAACGAGGAAAACGAUAUGAUAGUUAUCGUUUGACGAAUGCUGGCUAUGAUUAUUUAGCCUUAAAAGUUUUAACACAGAGAGGAGUAAUUUCUUAUUUUGGUAACCAAAUUGAUGUUGGCAAGGAAUCUAAUAUUUACGUUGUUGCUAAUGACAAAAAGACUCCUUUUUGUCUAAAAUUACACAGAUUAGGUGAGAGAACGUGCUUUCGAAAUAUUAAGAACAAAAGAGAAUAUCAUCAGCAUAGACAUUCUGCCUCUUGGUUGUAUCUAUCAAGAAUAUCAAUAACUAGAGAAUUUGCAUAUAUGACAGCACUUUUGGAUAGAGAUUUUUCUGUGCCAAAACCAAUUGACUUCAACAGGCAUUGUGUUAUUAUGGAGCUGGUUGAAGAUGGACUUUUGUGUAAUGUAAAUGAAGUAAGCAAUGUAGAAGCAUUAUAUGACGAGCUCAUGGAUUUGAUUGUCAAACUGGCAAAUCAUGGUGUUAUACAUGGAGAUUUCAAUGAAUUUAACAUAACGAUCAAAGAUGAUAGUAAACCUGUCAUCAUUGAUUUUCCACAAAUGGUUUCUACGGAACAUGAAAAUGCGGAAGCAUAUUUUUAAAGGGAUGUGAAUUGCAUUCGUGAUUUCUUUAAGAGACGUUUUGGGUAUGAAAGUGAACUGUAUCCAAUUUUUCAAGAUAUAUCACGAGAGGAUUGCAUAGAUGUUGAAGUCAGAGCUAGUGGCUUAACAAAACAAAUGAAAAAAGAUCUGUUUAAAGGAAUGGGUAUCGAUGAUGAUGAAGAAAAAGAAAAGGAAGAAAAGAAAAAGAAUGAGGAAAAGGCUCGCAAGAACCAUAAAGAUUUAGAAGAAGAAAUAAGUGAUUUACAACUUUAAGUUGAAAAUUCUGUAAGAGAAGUAUUUGAUGUUCCACAGAAA